CCCCGAUACGAGUCGUUAUCCCUACUGUAUUGUGUGGACACCUAUCCCCGUGCUAUCAUGGCUGCUACCAUUCAUUGGACACAUGGGAAUCUGCACCUCUUCAGGUAUCAUCCGUGACUUUGCUGGGCCCUACUUUGUCUCUCAGGACAAUGACCCAACACACCUCCAGGCUGUAUAAGGGCUAUUUGACCACGACGGAGAGUGAUGGAGUGCUGCAUAAGAUUACAUGGCCUCCCCAAUCCUCCAACCUCAACCAAAUUGAGAUGGUUUUGGAAGAGUUGGACAGCAGCGAGAAGGAAAAGCAGCGAGCAAGUGCUCAGCAUAUGUGGGAACUCCUUCAAGACUGUUGGAAAAGCAUUUCAGGAAGACAACAUGGCCUUUGGGAGACCAACAAAGUACUGGAUGCUGGACGUAGCCAAGGUGUAUGCUAGUGGCUCCAACGCCUGGGACACAGCAGUGCAUGACGCCUCAGAAGAGUACAAAAACAGAAUGCACAACCUCUGCUGUGACAACUGUCACUCCCAUGUGGCCAUGGCUUUGAACCUGAUGCGCUAUGAGAACAAGACCUCGUGGAACAUGAUCAACCUCUGUCUGCUCUCCCUAGUCCACGGAAAACACGUCAGCUGUGCAGGGUUCUUGAAGACCUGGCUUCCCUUCCUCAUGUUGCUGGGUAUUAUCCUGACUGUGGCUCUAACCAUUAACCUGCGGUGACCAGCCAACCAGGUGGGAGGACACAGCUUACAGGGUGGUAAGGGGGAGGGACUCCUUGCAGGAGGGGGAUGAGGGAGAUGGGGGUUGAGUGAGGUGAGAGCACACACGGGGAGGGGGGAACCCCUGCAGGUUGGAAGUUGAGGUGGGAGGUGUCACUCUACACCUACUCUGCUUGUGAGGAUCGAGCGGGGAAAGAAGACAUGGAACUGUAACAUCCCAGCAACAAACAAACCAAUGAGAGAAGGGCAAUAACAUCCUCCUCUCGACUUAACACAAAGCCUGCUUGUUUCUAGGACCAGGCAACCUAGCUUUCAAUGGUGGCGGAUGGCAAUUUAGAUUUUUGUUUAUUUUGGCAUUGAGGUUAAUUGUUCUUGAUGGACGGUAGCUUACUUAUAAAUGUUUUAAUCCCCCUCCACACACAUCCCAACCCCAUGCAAUUUAAUGCAGUUUUCAAAUGUUUUGAUUUUCAAUUAAGUCCUACUAUGGGGUGUAUAGACCCUCAUAAUUUCUAGGUAAUGGAUGAUGUUGCAGGUUCUGUAGACUAGAGGAGCGAUAGUAGUGGUGAAGGGGGCAGGGGUUGUUGUUUCUUUCAGGGGUAGUUCUUUCUUUCAGGGGUAGUUCUUUCUUUCAGGGGUAGUAGUCUUGUCUUCCACAGCGACAGCAGUAUCCAUCUCUUUCUCUCUCUGCCAUGCUGAAACAAACACCCACCAUCCAUCUAAUGACAUGGGACUGAUGAUGACUCCUUGCUUCCCAUACUCCAUCUUGAUGAUUGGAACAGAAAACAUGACAUUUCCCUUUUAAUGCCUUUAAAGGAAUGUGCUAUUGUGUUGACAUUUUUUAUACUUGUAUUGAUACAGUUCCUAUUUCUGCAACUUUUAAUAGCCUGUGAUUCACCAAGAGUGAUUUGUUGUUACAAUUAAUUUAAUCUACUACAUUGGAGUGUAUCCAGGAUAAUAAUUCUCAAAACUCUGCGAUAAAGAUGUGAUGCUUCAUAUGUUGUAUAAUAUCUAUGAGUCUAAUUUAACUGCUUGUAUCUGCAUUUUAUUAAAAUAUUUAUAUUUUUCUUAGAACUCGAUUGACAAUUAUGUUUAGACCUGUUUUAAUGAUGUCUCUUUUUGAAAUGGGAUUAUAUAUUUCUGAUAAUCUCAUUAAGUGUGUUGGAUUAUUUGGAUGCUUCCUACAGUUGCCAUGGUAACCUCUGGAACCCUGGACUCAUAACUCUGGACUGCUGAUGGGAAUGAAAUGCAUGAUGUUCUGGAAUGCUGCACAGUUAAUUUGUAUUCUAGAAUGUGAGCAUGCCAAAUGUAGAGCUUCCCGGUCCCUACAGGAGAGGGAUCACCGCUUUCUGAUCUGUUCCACGCGCAAACUUUAACCCCAAUGUGCCCCAGAAGAAAGAAGCACCUCUGAAACCUGGCUCGGCCUGAGUUGACAAAUUGACAGUAAUUCAUAUAGUUGGUGCCUGGAAAAACAUGGGUCUUCCUGGAUAACAUGUAUGUGCAUGAAUGGCUCAAUUUAUAUCAAACUUCAUUUUUAGGCCGUGCCAUCAAUAUUGAUUUUGUAUGUAGUAUCCUACUUUCAAACACUGGCUAAUCCUAGAUCAGGGGUUCCCAAACUUGGUCCCGGGGCCUCCCCUGGAUGCACGUUUUGGUUUUUGCCCUAGCACUAAACAGAUGAUUCAAAUAACCAACAGAAUCAUCAAGCGUUGAUUAUUUGAAUCAGCUGUUUAGUGCGUGGGCAAAAACCAAAACGUGCACCCAUGGGGGGCCUCUGCACCGCGUUUGGGAAACCCUGUCCUAGAUGAUGGUUGGCUCACAAAAUCCAAUGACAUGGCUUUCUUCUGCGGUGGCAGGUUCAAAUCCCCUCAUUGUUUGAGUGAAAGCCUUGAGACUUUUCUCUUUAUCUGUGGAGCUGCCAGAAGCAGCAGGUAGCCUGCUGGCUCCUCCAGGUUUACACACCCUUGUCACACUACCGAGCUGGACUGAACCGAUGUACUGAGCUGGACUGAACCGAUGUACUGAGCUGGACUGAACCGAUGUACUGAGCUGGCCUGGUUACACAUCCAGCAUAACGAGUAACCGUGCUGGCUAAAAAUGACUGUGCCAGAACAGUUUGGUUCGGGUUGGGUUGGCACAUUCGUGUUAGAAGCAUACAAGUCUUUUGCUUAAUAUCCUGUGGUCUCCUCCUGUGCCAGAGAAAGUUUCACUCCUUUCUCAGAUGAGAUUAGGACAUAGUGAAAUGCCAAUGCAUCUCUAUGCAGCCCUUUUCACAUUCCUGCUUCUUUCUCUCUAGUUGAACUUUAUUAUUUGAAAUUCCAGUAAAUGUGAUAUGUCGAUCUACUACUGCAAUAACCCCAAAUUGUAUACAGAAAACCAUGUUUGGAUUUGUAUAGGAUGUCUUUAAAGAUCCUUUUCCUUUCCAUUACUUUCACAGUCAAGGCAGUUUUACACUACUUCUGUAGCUGUUGGUGAUUUUAUGCGAGAUGCCAAAUGUUUCCAGGGUAUUGACAUUCCUUUGGUGUGCUUAUUGUGUCUUUCAUCUUUCUUUUUCCUUUCAUGUUCAUGUGUAAAUAUUAGCCCAAGUGCUUUUAUCUUAGGAUACUUGAUGAUAAAUCACACCUGUUUUUAAUGUUCUGUUUUAAUUUAUAUUGUAAAUGAACUAUCCUCCUUAAUUCCCUUCAUUUUCUACAUGCAAUACCAUAUGAUACAAUAUCAAAACUCAUCACUGUUCUGCAAUGAAGCAAUUUUGUGCCUGAAUGCAUGAGUGAGUGUGUGUCAAAAGAAGCGUGUGAGCGUGUACAUGCAUGACGGCCGGUUGUGCAUGUCCUGGCUGCGUGUUCUAUGUCUUUGUGGACACACAACUAUUUUCUUGAAUCCUGUGGCUUUUUGGGAAAUUGACGAUAACUGCAUAUGAUAUUAGAUGGCUGCAUAUAACUUCCUUUAUAUACACUUAUUUAUUACCCAAAUUGUUAUCUAAAAUGAUGUAAAUGGAUAAAGGUGUAUAUAGUACAUAAUAGAAUAGACUGUAAUAUACCUUGUUUAAAUGAUCCAUAGUUGACCCAAGUUUCUCAGUCUUGAUAUUAAUUGUGUCUACACUCUUAGACAAAAGGGUUCCAAAAGGAUGCUUCAGCUGUCCCCAUAGGAGAACCCUUUUUGGUCCGGUGUAGAACCCUCUGUGGGGGUUCUACAUGGAACCAAAAAUGGUUCUUCAAAGAGUUCUCCUAUUGACAUAAGGUCAAUCUUGAGGGAAUCUUAUUUGAGUCCGAUAAGGAUGUUCAUAUGAUAGGCUCUCUGCAAGGCAUUGUAUAGUUUACCUAUCCAACUGACAAUCUCUUAGGAAAAAAUAUAAAUGAUCAGAACCAAGACUUAAAAUUAACUGAUAUUGGCACAAGGUGGAGGGAAUGUUGGAUCAUAAGGUUACAGUUAACUAAAAUGAACGUAUGCAUAGAAUGUAUUAUACAAGAGACAACAUUCACAAAUUCUACAGCACAAUGGCAAGACUCAUGUCUGAAGUGUAAAACUAAUAAUGACUCAAUAAUCCAUGCCUUCUGGGAAUGUUAAAGUCAGAAAGUUAUAGGCGGAGUUAAAGUUGGCUGUCAGAAGUAUUACAGUGUAAAUGUACUUUUAAUCUGUCUAUGUAUACUUUAAGACAUGGCAUACUGUAUGAGGGUGCAGUGAGAUACCCAAUGUGUUGGACCAUACUUUUCUCGCCAAUCAUCUUUUUAAAAAUUAUACUUAGACUGGAAUUCGACCAAUAGUCUGUAAUUUAUGCAAUGGAAAGUUAAAAAUGCUGUAUCUAAAUGUUGAAAUUGCGUGGGCUACAGAGAAACAAAAUGGUGCCGUUUGAGGCCAUGUGGCAUAAAGGGAUGUGGGCACUGGAGAUGGGUGUUUGUGCUAGUGGUUCUGGGCAGGUGUGAUGUAAUUGAUGUUUGUAUGAUGAUGUUUUGUGUUUGUAAAUAGUUCUAAAUAUAAUAAUAAAGUUCUCCAGUGGGGACAGCCGAAGAACCAUU